GUGAUCUGUGUUUACCGAGAGAUCCGGUUCAAGUUCGGCACCUCCUCGGCCCUCGAUCCCACUGGGGGCCACAGCCCGGCCGGAUCUUUCUCGCCCUCCCCUUCCUCCCACCGGAGAGGUCGGGCGGCGAUGACCCCCAAGGCGGCCGGACCCCCCGAUGGGGGCUGGGGCUGGGUGGUGGUAGCCUCUGCCUUCGCGGUGAAUGGGCUCUCCUAUGGGGUGCUGCGUUCCCUGGGCCUCACGUUCCCUGAUUUUGCUGAGCACUUCGACCGGAGCGCACAGGAAAUUGCGUGGAUCAGCGCCCUGACCCUGGCCGUGCAACAGGCAGCCAGUCCAGUGGGCAGCGCCCUGAGCACCCGCUGGGGGGCGCGCCCUGUCGUGAUGGUUGGGGGCAUGCUCACUUUCCUCGGGUUCGUCUUUUCGGCUUUUGCCCGAAGUUUGCUGCACCUCUACCUCGGCCUGGGCCUCCUCGUGGGCUCCGGCUGGGCCCUGGGGUUCGCCCCAGCGUUGGGCACCCUCUCUCGCUACUUUUCGCGCCAUCGAGUGCUAGCCGUGGGCCUGGCACUUACCGGCAAUGGGGCCGCCUCCCUGCUCCUGGCGCCAGCGGUGCAGCGCCUCCUGGACUCUUUCGGCUGGCGGGGCGCCCUGCUCCUCUUGGGAGCUGUCACUCUCCACCUCAUCCCCUGUGGCGCCCUGCUGCGCCCUCUGACACUCCCUGGCGACUCUAAGGCUUCCUCUGGAGGACCCCUUGCGGCCCUUGGCCUGGGUCUCUUCACUCACCCCGCCUUCGCGGUCUUUGCCCUGGGCACCACCCUGGUGGGGUGUGGAUACUUCAUCCCCUAUGUGCACUUGGCCCCCCACGCCUUAGACCGGGGCCUGGGGGGGUAUGGGGCUGCCCUGGUGGUGGCAGUGGCCGCGGUGGGAGAUGCAGGCGCCCGCUUAGUGAGCGGCUGGCUGGCAGACCAGGGCUGGGUGCCUCUCCCACGGCUGCUGGUGGUGUUCGGGGCUCUGACGGGCCUGGGGCUGCUGGCCGUGGGACUAGUGCCCGUGGUGGGGAGCGAUGUAUGGGGGGUGCCCCUAAUGGCCGCAGCAGGGGCCUACGGCCUGAGCGCUGGAAGUUAUGCCCCACUCGUUUUUGGGGUGCUUCCAGGGCUAGUGGGCAUCGGAGGUGUUGUGCAGGCCACCGGGCUGGUGAUGAUGAUGAUGAGCCUCGGGGGGCUCCUGGGUCCUCCCCUGUCAGGCUUCCUAAAGGACGAGACUGGAGACUUCAGCACCUCCUUCCUCAUAUCUGGCUCCUUCAUUCUCACCGGCAGCUUCAUCUACCUGGGGAUGCCCAGGGCACUGCCCUCCUGUGGCCCAGCCUCAAGUCCAGCCACCCCACCCACCGAGAUGGGGGAGCUGCUUCCCAAUCCUCAGGUGCAGGUGGCUCCCCUCUCUUCCAAAGGCCCACAACCGACUCUGGAUACCACUUGUUGAGUAUUUGUUGUUUAAGCUGUUCCCCCAAUAAAGUUUCUAUUCUCUCUC